CAGAGGAUUUGUCGGAUGAGCUGGACGAGGAAAACAACUAUUCCUCCGAGUUAGCACAACGGCUGGCCACGCCCUCCGCCUCCACACUCCAGCCAAGUCAGUGCCAUGGUUGCUUCCACCGAACGUGUCCGUGCUUGGUUUGAGCUGGCACAGUCUUGCAUGUCAGAGGAUAGUUGGAAGGUGGCAACUGAGAUUCCAGAUGCUUCGUUGUCUCAUCGAAGCUCUCCUUUGGGGGGCCAUUUGGUCAAGUUCGAAUUCAGGAAUGUCUUUGUGAACAAUGCUCCUGCAAAUCCCUCGGAUUUGCUGGUCAGGCCGGAAGUUCGAGGGCAGUAUGGCCACUUAGCCAAGAAUGAGGCACACAUCUCGCUGCUUGAGACUCUUGUACCGGGCGAGGCCCUUUUAGAGCAUACGUCCUACAAGUUCUGGUCCUUGCGGCUGACAUCAGUGCUCUUUGGCAACUUUGCAGGUCCCUUCACAAACUCCUUCUUUUACAACUUGGGACCCGCCCUGACACGUGUGCGUUUGUGCCGUGAGUAUCCAGGGCCUGGUGACUGCACAUAUGCAUGCUUUCAGGCCAUGGGUGGAUCAUGGGAGGACUUUAUGAUGAUUUCUCGCAACGAGGGCGAGCGCGAGUUCUUUCGAAUUGUAUUGGUGUUUAGCACCCCCGAGGACAAGUGGGCACAUUGGGCCUCACCGCUCUUCCCAACUAUGACAGGGCUGGUCCAGAAAGGAGUCAAGUGGUUCAUGAAUCGUGUUGGCGUGCAGGAGAUGCGUGCUCUAAACCAGAAGAUGUAUGUAGCCUUGUGCUUGAGAAAUUUCCAUCGUGGACCACCCAUGUUUCCACAUUUGUCAGAGUGUGGGAAGCCCGAUGUGACCAUUUCCAGUGGCGAACGCCUUGGCUUGACCUAUUGGUCCCGAUGGCGCAAUUGCUCAGACGGCAAGUUCCACUUGGCAAAGUACUUGCGAUGCUUCCUGAAUUGGCUGGGCCACAAUCUUCAGACGCAUGAGUGCUUGGAUGGCCGGCAGUUGGUGCCAUACCAAUGUGUGUUGCUACGCCAGGACUGGGAGAAAGUGAAGGAUCUGGUCAUGGACGCCUUCCGCCUCCAGAAAGCCGCCUACCGUCGGGCGAACGGUGGGACCUCAGCACCCGGCAUCUUGGAAGUGGCUUCACCACACUUCAUUGGACAGGCCCUUAGCCACGGGGAGUUGAACCGGAAAUCGCUGCCAGAGGGCCCGCGGGGCCCCAAGAUGGUGAUUCGGAAUACCUUCUUUGAGGUAUACGAGGGUUCACCAACAGAGUGUCCUUCAAUGAGGCGGAGCAAGAGUUGCUCAAACAGUGAAAUGAUUUUCUAAUCCACCAGCUUCUGCAACCCAAAUGUACAGAGCACGAUGGGCUCUACAGUGAUGGCCUCGCUCUUGCAUUUCCCACCCGCUUGCAGCAGUCGGCCUUGGCACAGUGACCUUUGUGGAGCAGUCCGUCGUCAGUCAAUGGAACUGCAAAAUGAAAGUCACGCGUGUACAGCAGUCCCGACUGCCACUGCCAUCCCGAUGCUGCAAGUUGUGAAGACUAGCAGACAGUUUUUGAACAAAAA